AUGCGUCUCCCAUGGUUGGCUCUGUGCCUGGCGGUCGCCACCGCAACCCCCAUCAAGUCUCACCAACUCCGCCUUCCUUUCGUACCGUCGCCCGAUGAUCUUGAAACCGGCGUCAAAUCACAUCUGUCCCUUGACUGGUCCAUUCAAGAUGGCAGCCUCUACGCCAACAACGACCAAGUCUAUCCCCCAUCAACAACAAUGCAACUCACGGCGCCGCUCUAUAACGCAACCCACCCAACACAGAGUGACAAUGCGGUAGAACUAUCCUACACGAUUGACAGCCGGCCCAUCUCCGCAAAUCAAGUGGGCUCCGUGGCGGGCAUUGUCCGCGUUCGCGUGGAACUCCUCGAUUUACAUGGGAACCUGGUCUCCCCCGAUGCGGCCGUCAUCGAUCUGGUCAAUUACCAAGAUGGCUCGCACCAUAUCACUCGGAUUCGGGUGCAACCGGCGCGCGGCGGGUACCAGGCAGAUCACUUUGCGCAGAAGAGUCGCCCAUGGGUGGUGAAGUACUGGAAGACCCAUGUCGGCUCGUUCUUUGAGGCCAAGACCUCCGCCGCCAUGAGUGAGACCGAGCAUGAUGCGCACUCGACAGAGUCCGAGGAUCACAGUGAGACCGAGGAUGUCUCGGUGGAUUCCAGCUCGCGCGCCGCCGUCAACCCCGAGUCCAACGCACCCUUCUCGAUUUCGUCCUUCUGGGCUGCGCCUACUUCCCCGCGCCGUUCGGGUCACCGACGCCCGGGUCAUCACCACCGUCCCAAGAGCGCUUUCAUGCGCAUCGUCCGCCCGAUUAUCUUGCCGGCCGUACUGGGUGCAGUCGCCGGUCUGGCGGCUUGCCUCCUCGGCUUCUUCAUCGGAUCGCUCCUGCUGUCUUUCUCGGCCCGUGUCGGAUGGAGAACCUCGCCUGGGUGCGCACGAGACAUCGCCCUCGAAGAGGGAUCUCAUGCGGAAAAGUCGCCUAUGGUUCCUCGGAUCCAUCUGACCAUCCCUGAGCCAGACGUAUGA